CGCCGCAAAAUGAUCCAAUUUCUCCUCGCACGUGUUCCCUUCGUCGUCAUCGUCUAGACGGUCGGUCCCCUCUCUCGCGGUCACACUCCGAAUCCUCACCACCUCUUCGGCGUCGGCAGCCCCCGCGUCGCCGCCGCCUACGAUGCCGCGCAAGGCCUCCUGCACGCCAGAUUCGCGCACCAAAUGGCGGAAACGGAAGCGAAACUCCGACGCCCUUCCCUUGCCGUCAGCCGCGGCCGACCACUCGGACGACUCCGACUCCGCUGCCGACAAUGAUGACGACGACACGGCCGUUCCAUCGCCCGCGGUCGACAAUGCCGACGACGAAAUACUGGCCGGUGCCGCGGCCAGGGACCCCGUGCCCGACCUCCGUGAGGCAGAGCUGCUCUCCUCGGCCGAGGUCAUCUCCGCCUUCCCUGCCGCCACCCGCCGCACAGUCAACCGGCCGCAUCCGUCGGUCAUGGCCGUCGUUGCAGCUGAGCGAUCUGCGUAUGUGGGUGAUGUCUCCGCCGCCGCGCCACCGGUAUUGGAGAACAUCUCGCAUGGGCAGCUCCAGGUGCUCUCCGUGGCGCUCCCUGACCACCCGUCCCUUUCGACGGAUCCUGACAAGCCGUCUUCUUACGUCUGCACGCCACCUCCCCUUACGGAGGGGCAUGGCGUGCACAAGCAGUUCCAGGGCCGCCUCCAUGUCGUGCCCAAGCACUCAGAUUGGUUCUCUCCUGGGGCGGUGCACAGGCUGGAAAGGCAGGUUGUUCCACACUUCUUCACAGGGAAAUCUCCAGGGCACACUCCGGAGAAGUUCAUAAUGUUAAGGAAUAAAAUUAUUGCCAAAUAUUUGGAGAACCCUGGCAAGAGGCUUGCGUUUGCGGAGUGCCAGGGGUUUGUUGUUAACACAGGUGAACUAUAUGAUUUGAGUAGGAUCGUUCGGUUCUUGGACACCUGGGGAAUCAUCAAUUACCUCGCGGUUGGGUUGGUGCACCGGGGUCUGAGGGUGGCAGCAUCACUUCUAAUAGAGGAACCAGCAGGGGAGUUGCAACUGUUGACUGCACCGCUGAAAUCCAUUGAUGGUUUAGUUUUGUUUGAUCGGCCUAAAUGUAGUCUCCAAGCAGACGACAUUUCUUCACUGGCUUCAUCUUCAUCGAAUUCGGAGGUGGUGGAUUUUGAUGCCGGUGCUGAGUUUACUGAAUUGGAAGGGAAGAUUAGAGAGCGUCUAUCAGAGAGCUAUUGCAGUUACUGCUCACAGUCUUUGCGCAGUUUGCAUUAUCAGUUGCAGAAAGAGGCAGAUAUUGCUAUUUGCUCUGAUUGCUUCCAUGAUGCAAGAUAUGUUAUCGGGCAUUCAUGCUUAGAUUUUCAGAGAGUCGAUGGGGCUAAAGAUGGAUCAGAAAAUGAGGGGGAUAACUGGACUGAUCAAGAAACAUUAUUGAUGUUGGAGGGCAUAGAAAAGCACAAAGACAACUGGAAUAGCAUCGCAGAUCAUGUUGGAACAAAGUCAAAGGCACAGUGUAUUUACCAUUUUAUUCGUCUUCCAGUGGAGGAUAGUUUGUUAGAGAACAUUGAGGUACCAGAUGCAUCCAUGCCAUUUAGACCGCAAAGCAAUGGAUAUCCACAUUCAGAUUCCAAUGGCAGUACUUCAGGAAAUCUGCCUCAAAGUAUUCAACAUGGAAACGAACUUCCGUUCAUCAGUUCUUCUAAUCCAGUCAUGUCUCUGGUUGCAUUCUUGGCCUCUGCAAUUGGACCAAGAAUUGCAGCAUCGUGUGCAAGUGCAGCAUUAUCUGCGUUGACAAGAGAUGAUGAUCCGAGGGUGAUUUCUGAAAGAAUGCAUAUUGAUGAUAGGGUCCAUGGUGCGCAUCCAAACUUUUGUGGCCAUAAUGGUGCUUCAUCGUCCAUUUCUCUAGAAAAUGUGAAGCAUGCCACCCUGUGCGGUUUGUCAGCAGCGGCAAUUAAGUCUAAACUCUUUGCGGAUCAGGAGGAACGUGAAAUCCAAAGACUAGUUGCUACCGUCAUAAAUCAUCAGUUGAAGAGGCUGGAGUUAAAGCUGAAGCAGUUUGCUGAAGUCGAGACCUUGGUUUUGAAGGAAUGCGAGCAAGUGGAGAGAGCCAAGCAGAGGAUUUCAGCUGGCCGUAUCCAGGCGAUGCGAGCCUGCUCAAAUCCCCCGGAAACUAGUCUGCCCACCAGUGGUGGUAGCACUAUGUCACCCAAUCCAACGAAUAUAAGCCCUAGACCGUUGGCCAUGCCACGCUCCAUGGCUGAAGCCACGGUACCAGCGGCAUACGCUAAUUACAUGCAGGGGCAGGGGCAUCCACAAAUGCCGUUCGUGCAGCGGCGGCCACAGAUGCUCUCGUUUGGGCCUCGCUUACCGUUUACGGCUAUCCAGACUCAGCCAGUUGCACAGGCGCCGAACAUUAUGUUCAGCUCUGGUGCAAUGCCGGGUUCGGUAACUCCAAAUCACCAUCCUCAUCUGUUGAGGUCAUCGUCUUCAGGAAACACUACUCUAGGAUAGAUAGUUCACAAGCUCAACUUUGUUAGCUAGCUUUAUAUUGUUCUUACAGGCAUCUCAAUUUUGCAAUUCAAUUGUUCGACAUUUUCUGUUGACCGUGUGUAUUUAUGAUUAGAGCUCCGUUUGUUU